AUGCUCAACAUAAAGGAAUUCAUCCUAGCAAAUGACAAGGUUAAUGACUCUUCAGAUAAAGUUCAUAAAGAAAACAAACUGGUGAAUGUGAACAUAGAAAAAGAGAAUUCAACCUUUAAAGAAGCUGUCCUAACAGAAGAACAACUAACUGCUGAAAAACAUGCGCCCUUUGCUGUGGCAGAACCAGAAAGGUGCACUUCUGAACGCCCAGAAAUACAGAACUGCUGCGGAGAGCAAACAAAGAGAUCAGAGAGAGCCAGAAAACCACCUGGUCGAGAUGAAACAAGGAGUUCAGAGGAAACAGCGGUGACCCUGAAAAGAAAGCAGAAUGCGGCUGACAGGAAGGCGAAGAAGGCGGCUGUAAAGUGGGCUCCACUGCAGACUCUAGGCUGCGUGGGCCAGUCUGCGGGAGACCAUCAAAAGAACAACGAUGUAGCCAGGAAACCCCUGCUGACAGUGGGAUCAGACGCUCAAAUCUGUGAUGUUGCAAAUCUGAAUGCGGAGGAGAGAUCUAGGGUACUGGAGGAGGUGGCUGAGGCAGCAGCGAUCGUCCUGACGAUGGUUUAUCAGGAUGGAACCUCGCAGCUCAGUACAGAGCAGAAGCCUUCUCCAUUAGUUAGUGGUUUCCUUAUGUUAUUGAAGAACCGGCUUGAUGUCACUGGGACUGCAGGAUGCAGUGUGGGUAAUUUUGGUACAAUGGGCACAGAUGGAAAGUACAUUUAUUUAAAACUAGAACAGAGGCCUGCCUGGCUGCAACAAGGACAGGAUCACAGGCAGUUUACCAGGUGA